AUGCCUGUUACCGAUCCUCAGCGCAAAUAUCCACGAAUAUUGUGGCGAACUAACGCGAGGCCUUCAUCAGCUGGAGCAGAGACUUCUAGUAAGCAUUUCUAUAGCUGUCGUGGCCAGUCUUAUACUAGUUGUGUUUUUUGCGGUUGAGAUAUUCGUUCCUGAAGGCCACAUAGAAUCACCCAUAGUAAUCAAGGAGGAGUAUUUUCUUUUCGUGCUGAUCUUUGGUCAAGAAAUUGCGAGACGUGUGCUUGCUAAUUUUGCCCGGCGUCAAAGUUAACACUCCACGCGCCUUGCCCGUGUUCGUCUUGAUUGAACGUGAUUGUUUAUAUUUUCAGGUAGGGGACGCUCUCACGGUCCGCACAAGUUUUACAUCCCUGUUGUUCCAAGAAGACAUAGCUUUGACGAAAGAAUAUUUGCUAUACCGGUAGGUGGAUUAUUAGUUAUUACUUUUUUCCAUUUUGGUGAAAUUAAAAUCGUUGGGUUUUGCCUGGGUUUAUUCUAGUGCGGCCUCGCUUAACGCGAGGAUGAGUCAUAAAGACAUAUUUAUAUUCCUGUGCGUUUAACAGUAACCAUCUGUCAGAUUCUUGAGCGCAAUGUUUGGUUGGAUUUAUAAACAUUUACUGUAGUCACUGUACGUUUAUGGAGCCGAGUCGUAUUAUAUUUGACUAAAUGACGUGAUCCCUCUUGAACAAUGCUAAUUCCGCUUUGAAACAAUAUUGCGUGGAUUUGUUUAAAUUUGUUGAAGUAUAAACAGCGCUUAUGUUUUUAAAAUAUCUUGAUAUUUGUUAACUCAAGAGGCACCAGAGGGGGCCUCAGGAAGUGUAAUAUCAUUCACUUCAUUUUGUCGCCGAUUCAAAAUGUUGGUUGAAAAAUCCGGUUGUAUCGUACGAAAGAGUGCCAUGCAUCAGAGAAUAACUUUAUUCGACCUGCAUAGCUUACUCAAAUCGCUCAAUCUCAAGACUUCGAAGAAUUUUAUAAAUACGGAAAUUUUUAGGGUUGCAACUAUUUGAUGAAAAUUAUUUGCUAGAAAUCGUCAUCUGAGUAUAUCAAUAUAUUGCAACUUUUGGCAAACCAAGAGAGACUCUUGCGCAAACGUUGUUCAGAGAAGCUAGAAAGCAUAAUGGGUCGAAGACCCGGAAAUCGCGGCGCUGUUCCUGAUAUUUUCUUUUCGAUCUUGAGGUGCAAAGUGGCGAGAGAAUAUUCGGAUAUUUCUUCUCUCGCCUCUUAAUGGCUCAAGCCGUUUUGUGGGGGCGAAUAUAGAAAGAAACCUCUAGAACUAGGAAAUCAGAAACAUUUGCGUUAUGCAGAUUCAGGUAACUUGCUCACUUCCUGUUCCCGAGGUGAAAACCUUCCCCGGGAAAUACUUCCUAGUAAUAGGAAAAUAGGGAUGUGCUGCUGGAUUGACUAUAUGGGGUUGCGUUUUCAAUAGAGUGACUAGAAGGGGCCUCACAUUUUCGAGAUUUUGUGGUUAAGAAAAUAUUUGUAUCUAGGAAUUAUCAAAAAAGUGUGUGAAUUCAUUUUAGGAUGACGCAUCUACUAUGCUUCAUAAGGUAGAUGUACAAACAGAAAGUGGCAGUAAAUUACAUUUGGCCAAAGUGAUUAAACUGGGGUCUAUAAUUGGCCACACAAUAAACUACAAUGGGGUAGGGAUUUUGGGAGGGUAGCGUCACAUACCCAGCAAAAAUUGACCCUAGUAGCACCCCCUGGUCCACCUCUCCUCUGUUCGGACUAAAACGGAGGGUUUUUUGGCAAUUUCUUUCAUUUUAUAUUGCUAUUGAUCUAGAACGUUAACGAAACAAAACAAACCAAGUCGUUUAUGUGCUAUUCGUAGGGCACAAAGGUUGAAGGGAGUACUUUAGUACAGCCCAUCAGUGCGGUUUUGUGGCAGACGUUAAGUCAUGUUUAUAGAACUCAAAGUUAACCAUCCCAGAAAAAUUCUGAUUUUUCCGCUGUUAUCUGCCCAUCAUUCCAUAUUUAUUUGCUUUCAGCUCCUAUGGUAAUUGUUUCUUUUUGCCUAACGGAAACCACAUCAAGCAUUGGUUUGAGCUAAAAAGUCUUUUAUCAGAGCAAGAUAUGCCAUCAGGCAUCUGUUUCCUUUGUUUUUUCGCGUUUAAGCCCCAAGGCGGAGUACCUCGUGAUAGACAGAGAUAAACUUUAGUGUCGGAAAGUGUCGAUAAACUUUCUCAGCUGAAUUCCCAAUUUCUUUGUUUGUCUGAUUGUUUUUUUAAGCCAUGUAUUCAUGCUAUAGUAAACUGGAUCAAAUAAACACGCGAACAACGGUAACUUUUAGCCUACGUGACAGGUUCUAUUUUUCUAGCGUUGUUUCCCCCCUUGCUCAACUUUCGUCUUCGCUUGCGCGCACGAAUGCGGUUUCCAAGGAUCACGCAUGCGCCCUUCAGGAUAUCUCCACGCUUUACAUUACGUGAAAUUGCCGCCCUUCGCCUCAAUAGGACCUACCGCGCAGGAUAAAAAUAAAUAAAUAAAAAAAAACAGUGGAAAGUAAAAAGUUAUAGCCGCCGCUCAGAAAUAGGACGAGAGUUCAUUUGUGCAGAACUAAGGGAAGUAAGCGACGUGUUCUUGUACAUAGUCGAUCAUAUCUCUUUGUGGUUUGUAAACAAAGUUUACUUAAUAGUGUCGAUAACAUCCGUGUCAUGGUCUAGUGACUGUUUUGUUAACUUGUCUGAUAGCUUGGCUCCCCUUCUCAAAUUCAUUCUGUGAAAUACCUAAAAUGCACACGAAUUAUCACACCGUAGGAUUUUUUCUAGAGACUGAAAUGAUUCACUUCUUUAAGAAGAUGUUUAGUUUUCUUAACAGUUUUUUACAUUUCCAGGUCAUGCGUAAGUGCCCUAUUUUAAACACUCUUUCUAUGACAAUGGAGGGGUUAUUUUGAUCUAUUUUAGUUAAAUUUAUUCUAAAGAAAAAAAAAGUCACGUCCGUAUGUUUUGAUUUCCCCUCAGAGUGCGAAAGGAAACUCCGGAGAAAGGUGAGUCUUGCUUUUAAUCAUGACGUUAUUAAAGAAAAUGUUAACGACUUUCUUUGCCUAGUAUUCCCGUUUUUCAUAAAAGCAUGUUUUGUUUAGUGAAGUACUGGAUCGUGUUGGCUAUUUCUAGCAGAUAUAUUGAUGUGACGGUUUGCAUGCACGCCCUAGCUCCUUGACCUUGUUACUUUUAAUAGUAGCCAAAGUAAAAAAAUAAAUAUAAUAAUUAUAAUCAUCAUCAUCGUCAUCGUCAUCGUCAUCGUCAUCGUCAUCGUCAUCGUCAUCGUCAUCGCGAAGGAAAAUUCAUUUUUUGGUUUAAAAUAAUCCUAAGUUAUAACAGUACCAUAAAAAAUUUCUACCAAAGAGGAUUCAUUUGAAUGGUAACACUACACUACGCUCGUUGCAGAGAGUAUUACAAGAAUAAGAUUAGGAACUUUGAUCCUGAUUGCCCACAUGUUGCUUGGCCGCAGCAUCAGUCAUCAUAGUCUUUUAACAUAUCGUCUAUAAACACGAGCAGGAGUGUUUUUAAACGUGAUGGUACACGACUGCGAGUUUUUUGAACGGCUUCAAAAUCUCUGAUACGUGCACCAAAAUUUGGAUUUGGGGUUAUUUUUAGCUUGCGUUCUUACGCCCAUUAAUUCCUAACGCGUGCUACGCGGGUUAGGUUAUUUUGGUCCAAAAAUUGGACGUAAAUUUUGUUUUUUUCUUUAUGAGUCAUUAAAGAGUUUUUGAAUCAUAAAUUUAUAUUUUUCCUCUUUUUAUACAUUAGUUAUUCUUUUUAAUUGGUUGAAUUAGCUCCCAUGGUUCUUAUAUUCCCUACUAGUCCUUCCCGCUGCUCUCUUCAUGUUUGUUCUUAAUGUAUGCAGUGAAAAUGGAUUAAAUUAAAUUAAAUUAAAUUAACCUAGCGAUGGACUGGCAUCCCUUCUGGGGUGGGGAUGUGGGGGUGAUGGGGGGAGGGGAUAGCAAUACUCCUAGUCGCUCUAUGCUGCAGAAACCGGGUAUAAGCUCCUGCUCCGGCCUGAUAGACCCCUUUGCUUGAAUGCAGACUGAACCUUACAUUACCGUAUUUUGCUUGGCAGAAAGCAAAAUGCCCGUCGUUCGUGGUCCAAGUUUAGUAUUUUUAUAUAUUUCUCUUUUCAAAAUUACUUCCAGUUUGCUCACAAGAGAGAGUAUCGGAAAAGAAGCUGAGCUUGAAAUGAAGCUGGCUAUUGUAUCAAAUGCUUUAAUGAAGGUCAGUAGUGAAACUACUAGUUUUUUUCUAGAAGAUUCCAAUUGUAAAAAAGCAUAAGGAUGAUUGUAGACGUGUCAGUGCGUUUCAAAGCGAGGCUAAGUGCGAAACCAUUGAUGUGAAAGUGAUUUUUUUAUUCUCGUGCGAAUAAAACUCAUUUUCACAGCUUUCUGCCACAGAGGAAGAGAUAGGAGUUGUGGUAGAUUGGUGCUUGUUUGCCUUGAUGAUGGCUAAAACUUCAAAAUUCUGUUUUGUUGUCCCCAUACAUUUCCAAUAGAAGUUGUAGGGAGAAUUUGUUGAAGUGUCUGUUAGAUUUAUCUUCUGUGAUCAUGUGCUCAAUUCUCAUCACCACUCUGUUUUGCAAAGUAUUGAUAUCACAUGGAGAAAUUUCAAGCUGAUCAGUAGAGGGUUUAAAGGGUUUAAGACUUGUCUGUUGUUUCUGUAGGAAGGAGAGGAGAAGCAUCGAUUGGAUUCAGAACUCCGAAAACUACAGAAAGAAAACAAAAGAUUGCAAGAAGAUCUUCGGACAGCCUCCCACCAACUUCGGAAAUUUACCGAGUGGUUUUUCGCGUCGAUCGAACCUAGUAACAGGUGAUCAACUUUGCGACUGUUCGACGGUAGGAGAAUAAAUCUCCGGACGGCCUCGUAUCAACGUCGGAAAUUCACGAAGUGGUUAGUGACGUUCGGUCGAGCCCAGCAACACGUGAUAAACUAGUUGCCGGGACUGAUGAAAUCUUUGUUUUGAAACUGGUUGCGUUAAGAAAGAAGUAAAUUAAUUUUAAUGUAUUUCCAAGAUAAACACCGAGGAACAAAUAUCGAAAAAAGUAAUUAUAAUUAUGUAUCCGUAGUUAAAAGACAGCUUGUGAAAUAUUGUAUUUUUUCUCUUGACAGCCGUUUGAUACCAUAAAAAAUUAGUAUACAUAUAUGAAAUUUGCUCCUUUUUAAGUAUAAUUAUCUUAGCAAAGUAAUCAUAACGGAGUGUUUUAAUACAAUAAUGCAUUUUUCGAACUACAGAUCUUGUGGUGUUCGCUUUGUUAUAGUGAUCUUUACCGUUUUUGUAAGGGACAUGUUUGCAUUCUGGACGGGCUACUGGUUUUUGUAAAUUUUUUAAGGGAAGAAGUAGUUUGCCUUGAUACCAAUUUUGUUAAAUAGUUGUAUGAAUUUGAGUUCUAUACUGUAAGUUAAAAUUUUAAUGGUGAUCAUAGUGAUCAAAUUUUUCCCUAAGUAAGAAUUAAGUGUUGAUGUUGGCCUUGGGGAGGGGUAGGUGGGCAGUUUCCCAGAAACGUGUAAUGAUCCCGAUAUAUCCGCCAUCUUUGCACUUGGUCUCUCGGGCGGCUAAUGAAAAUGGCCAAUACGAGCAUUCACAGUCUAGUUUGUAAAUUAUGUCCAUUAAAGUAUAAAGAACGUCUUACAGUCAAGGAGUUUCAGAUGAUUAAGUUGAGUUUUGUCGUUUUUGGAUGCCAAAAAGAUGUCUCCAGAAGAAAGAGACAAUGACACGAAAGUCCAGCUGCAAAUUUGACUCGACCAGAACUUGUGUUCCCGGAUGGAAGGAAUAAACCAAUUAUUUUCAAGAAUUCCUCUUCUUUCUGUCAGCUGAAAUAUGCAUAAUAUAUUUUGAGAUGACCGUUGUGUUGUAGAUGUCUCCAGAAGAAAGAGACAAUGACACGAAAGUCGAGCUGUACCUUUGGCUCGACUGGAACUUGCGUUCCCGGAUGGAAGGAAUAAACCAACCGCGUUCCCACCAAUUGAAACAGAGAAACCCUGGGAAUGAGGCUGGGAACUAAACGAACUUGACCAUGGUUUCCUGUAAUAGCAGCUUUCAUCUGCUGUCAUUCUCCUGGGAGACCACGUGACAUUGCUGUAUUCCAUGAAUCCUUGCGGUCGUACAAAGAUGGCGGAUAUAGGUCGUGAAGAUAAAGGUCUAUUCGAUUCAUGCUUCACGGAAUGUGAAGGUCUUUAUAAGCUUCAGUAAUACAAGUAUAGCAAGUUGUUUUGGUUUUGUUUUGUUUUUUUUUUCAUUUUGUUUCGCACUUUAUUACUUGCUGCUUUAGGUUUUCCCUACUUUUCUGUUGGGUGUUUAUGUCGUUGAUAGGUCUGGUCUUACUGAGUUUUGUGAAAAACCACCGUUGUUAGCUGUUAAAACGUUAUUUUAGUUCACAUGUGAGUUGUUGGGUUGUGUUUAGAUAAUUUGUUUAAGAUAAAUGGCAGAAUGUGGUUUUCCAUCGUUUGAGAAUAUUGAUUUCUUCGCUGAAGGAUUCGUUAGAUACUGAUAGUUCUGUGUAAUUUUGUCGGGAAAUUCGAAAAUCACCCGUUUUGGCCAUCUUACAUUAGAAAAGCCGAAAGAUAUUUAUAUCAAAGAAACCUUUAAACCAAGUCUCACGUCUUACGAACAAUUGCUAUUGAAGUGUAGAACCGUCUGCGGCUUUUGCUAGCCUUGGUGCAAGUGGAUUGCAAAUCCAAGAACUUCGCCUAUUUCCUAUUCCUUUUCUCGUAGCCUGCGAACACGGUAUCUUCAAUCGUUCCGCGUAUUUGAGGUCGUUGCGGGAGUGAUGACAAACGGCUGUAUUCGCAGGCUAGUUUUCACGUAUCGCUAAAAAGUAUUCAACCGGCGGCGAAGGUUUUUUCGCCAAAAACUAUCAUGCACAUAUUCUCCACACUGGAAAACACUCGUUUUCGUUCCACAUUUCAUAGUGCUAACAAAGAGAAUUUCUAUUGUAUCUCAAGCUUUGUUGAUCUUUGCAUUUCGGUGAAGACUCCCCUUCUGCGCGAUUGACUAGUGGUAUUUUAAGGAAAUAUUAGAUAUUGAUCACUGUUAAUUAUCAAAUGGUUUAAAAAAAUAAAAACUAGUUAAAUCUCUAAUCAACCUUGUUUAAUGACGAAUCGAUGACUUGUUUUAAUCCUUCGAGUUCCACUAUUAUCGUCCAAAUUCUCAUUAGCAGUCGUAUGAAUCUCUCCCAGGGAGAAUUUAUUGGAAGUUGCCAUUUUUUGUUACUUUCUCUAUUCAUUUGUCUCUAGUAUUUGUUAAAGUGCUCGUAACGUAAAAAUUGUUAUUCUUUUAACUAUUUAACUAUUCUUUUUUACUACAAGAACCUCUUCUGUUUUAAGUGCUGGUCACUUGUUGGAACUUGUGGGACUGAAAUAUAGCCUAGUAAUUCCUACGUGGACUUAUCAAUUAAAAUUCGUUGCUUUAGCAGCGGAGUUUGUAUACUAGUGGUUAAAAUUUUGUAAAAGGUCUAUUGUAUGCUUGUACAAAGCGAACUCUUAAAGAACAUAAAUAAAGGAAAGUUAAAGUUG